AGGAAAUAGCAAAAUAUUUGUGGACUCCGUGUACGCCAGCACGGAGAUGAGCUUAAAGCAGCAGCACUGAAGUGCCAGCUUUUCGGCUCCGUGCACACUGAACCCCUAUCAUUGCCAGCUCCAGGGCUCCCUGGUUGGUGAGGACUGAGCAAAAUUCUGGUGAUGGAAAAGCCAAGGACUUGACCACUGGUUUCAGUGUCAUCUAACAAGGGAAGCAGAUCUAGUACAGCCAUGGAAAAGAAUUCAAGUUUAUGGAAGAACCUGGUAGAUGAACACCCAGUCUGCACAAUCUGGAAGCCAGAGGCUGAGGGAGCAAUUUAUCAUCUCGCCAGUAUUUUGUUUGUAGUAGGUUUCAUGGGUGGCAGUGGAUUCUUCGGGCUCCUUUAUGUCUUCAGCUUGCUAGGGCUGGGUUUCCUCUGUUCUGCGGUCUGGGCAUGGGUAGAUGUCUGUGCUGCAGACAUAUUUUCCUGGAAUUUUGUGCUGUUUAUCAUCUGCUUCAUGCAGUUUGUUCAUAUUGCAUAUCAAGUUCACAGCAUAACCUUUGCCAGAGAGUUCCAGGUGCUGUACAGCUCCCUUUUCAAGCCCCUGGGGGUUGCUUUGCCCGUCUUCAGAACAAUUGCCCUGAGCUCUGAAGUGGUUACUUUGGAAAAGGAGCACUGUUACGCCAUGCAGGGGAAAACAUCCAUUGAUAGACUCUCCCUGCUUGUUUCAGGAAGGAUCAGAGUGACAGUUGAUGGCGAAUUUCUGCAUUAUAUUUUCCCCUUUCAGUUCCUGGAUUCUCCUGAGUGGGAUUCACUGCGACCCACAGAGGAAGGCAUUUUUCAGGUCACCCUCACAGCAGAAACCGAUUGUCGAUAUGUGUCUUGGAGGAGAAAAAAAUUGUAUCUGCUCUUUGCUCAGCAUCGGUACAUCUCCCGCCUGUUUUCGGUUUUAAUUGGCAGCGACAUUGCGGAUAAGCUCUAUGCCCUGAAUGACAGGGUAUAUACGGGAAAACGAUAUCACUACGAUAUCCGGUUACCCAACUACUACCACAUGUCAAGUCCUGAAAUGUCCAGAUCACCCCUGACAGAACAUUUUCGGAAUUCCAGACAACAUUGUAACAAAUGACAUCAAAAUUUGAAGUUUUAUGACUACUACAAAAAGACUUCAUCAUUCCCCAAAUAAAAUAGGAAAGUACAGAAAACUUAUUCAUUAAUAUUUUUACAACUCAAAUUCGAAGACAAGACGCCAUUGCCAUCUGUUUUAUUCAUCUUCUGCAUCGCACAUAAACUUUACAAAUUUUCAUGUAUUUCUUAUGGUUAUAAUGGGGGAGGGAGAUGAGUAAUAAUGGGCAGUUUGCACUUUUUCUGCAUCAGAACUGGGACGAUGUAAUUGCACAUUCUCCGAUAUUUUCUCAGAUUUUCCCAACUGUGUUGUCGUGCACUGUUGACUCAGGUGUCGCUUCCUACAGCCAGCAAGUGUUCUCAGAGUGAGAGAAGCUUGCUACUGUACAGUCGAGUUUCUACAAUUCGCUUUUUGCUACAGUCUCUGAUGAAUGUAAGAUGCAUUAUUAGUGUGAGAAGCAAUUAUUUAUUUUA